AAAAAAAAACAAAAUAUUCAAUGUUUAUCAAUAUUCAGUAUCAGUAUCAGUAUUUAGUUUUUGUGUUGUUUAUAAAAUAUAUUUAAUAAUUUCAUUUUAUUAUUAAUAGCAAUUUGUUUUUCUCUAGUUAAUAAAGUGUAGGAAAAAACACUAACCAUGUCUUAUAUGUUAGCACAUUUGUUUAACGGUUGGCAAGUUGAUCAAGCUAUUCUCUCAGAAGAAGACAGAGUAGUAGUAAGUUCAAUUAAUGUUUACUAAUGAUCCACAUAAGACAAUUGCCGAGUUAACUGUUGUGUACACUUAAAGUGGUACACAAAGCACAUAGAUACAAUGUGUUGGUUAAAAAAAAUAAUUGAUUCUAGUUCUGUAAACCUAAAAUAUGCUUUUUCAAUCGAUUAAAAAAAUGUGUAUAUUAAAUGGACACAAUCAGAUAAAUGUAUUUACCAAAAAUAAACAUUACCUUUGGUUAAAUUUCAGAAUUAUUAUACUAGCAGUUAACCUACUAAAUGUUAGUAAAAUAUAUUUGUAUUAAAAUAACUUGACAAUUUUUUUAGGUGAUUCGAUUUGGUCAUGAUUGGGAUCCGACAUGUAUGAAAAUGGAUGAAGUUUUGUACAACAUUGCUGAAAAAGUAAAGAACUUUGCAGUUAUAUAUUUAGUAGAUAUUACCAAAGUACCAGAUUUCAAUAAAAUGUAAGUUAAAAUGAUUAUUUUGUAUACUGAUCGCACAAAAUCUAUAUCUAGUUUGUAAAUUCAAUACAUAGGUAUCUAUACUAAUCAAAAUUAAUUAUUAUUUGUGUAGGUACGAAUUGUAUGAUCCGUGUACGGUGAUGUUUUUUUUCCGGAACAAACACAUUAUGAUUGAUUUGGGUACAGGAAACAAUAACAAAAUCAAUUGGGCACUAGAGGACAAACAGGAAAUGAUUGAUAUUGUUGAAACUGUAUACAGAGGUGCUAGAAAAGGACGUGGUCUAGUCGUUUCUCCUAAAGAUUAUUCUACUAAAUAUCGUUAUUAAGUACAUUUUUUUAUGGCUUACACUCUAUUUUUAGGUGAUGAAAUAAUUUCUGUAUAUAUUAUUUAAUAUUUUUUUAAUAAAUUAAAUUAAAAACCUUGUAAAGUGAUCUAUAAAAUAUUUGUUAUUGAGAGC